AUGUUUGGACCCCAUUUCAUCCACGGGCACUUCCAGAUUGAGGAAGACGAAAUCAUACUGGGGAUCAAAUCCAUUCAAGGAUGCUGGGCUCAGCCCACUUCUAUCGCAGACAUCAACCCGACAGAGAUCCAUAAUCACAUCUUCAAGCUAACAGCCGGCGGCGAGAUGCAACCCUACGAGUAUGGCCAAGGAUCAUGUUCCGGCGAUGAUGACGCCUACUUUGACCUUCCUCCGACGAAGGUCGCAAGGCCCCUUCCAGCAAAAGAGAGUAAUGCAGACUUCAAGGAAUCCGCCAACAAAAAGCGCCGGCUGAAAAAGCCGGCCCAAAACGCCUUCGAAGAUGAUACCCCCAAGGCUUUUCUCCGCAUGAUGCACCAGUUCCAAAAAUCUACGUCUGGAACAACUACACGUUCACAAUCCGGUCUUAAAGAUGACGGGACAAAGCCCAACAAAAAGCGGCAACGAGGAGAACGGGAGGGGGCCACAAUUAUUGCCAAUGGAGGGGGGAUGGCAUCGAAGGGAACCGGUAAUAGUAAAAAAUCCAACUCGGAACCCGGACAACACUCUAUAGCAACAUCAUCGCAGCCUCCUGCUCCGCCACAGACGUCUACUGCUAUCCCAAAAAUCCUCCCCGGCGAACGCUUAUCCGAUUUCUCCGCGCGAGUCAACCGGGCCCUCCCGUUCUCGGGCAUCUCGAGAAAAUCGGGCUCGUCAAGUGUAAGCAAGGAUCCCGCGUUGAAGAAUUUGAGAGAACACAGACAGACCAAACAUGAACGGCGGCUUCUACGGCUACAGCGGGAAUGGAGGGAAGAAGAGGCGCGGAUUAGAGAGCGGGAAGAGGCUGAACGCGAAGAAAAUGAGGCGGAGGAGGAAGAGAUCAAUGAGCAGUGGAAGGCGUGGGAGGCCGAAGCGGGGUUGACGAAGAAAAAGAAGGGCACCACUGCCAAGAAGAAUAAGAAGAAGAGAAAGAAGAGAAAGAAGAGUGGAAGAGGUGACGUGUUGGGCGGUGGUGGUGGAAGCGAUGCUGACGAUGUUGCCAACAAUAAUAACGAUGAUGAUGGUGAUGAUGACGAGGAUGAUCCGUGGGCGAAGCUUAAUCGCAAAGCGAAGUCUAUGCAACCUGCCAACCCACUUGAGUUUGUGCAGGCGCCUCCUGCACAGCUGACGAAACCGAAGGAGAAGUUCAAGAAUCUCGAUCGCCUUGAGAUCUGA